CAAUGGGAUUUUCAUGUGAUAGAGCCCCCUCACAUACAGUGGGGUUUUCCUGUGGUGAGCUCCUUGUGCAAUGGAGUUACUGGUGCAAUAGGGCUGAUGUGCAAUGGGGAUAUUUUUAUGGGGCAGGCCUGUGUGCAAUGGGAUUUUUAUGUGAUGUAAUCCCCUCAUGCAGUGGGGUUAUUUUUAUGGGGCAGCCCCUCAUGCAACAGGGUUAUCAUGUGAUGUAACCCCUUAUGCAAUGGGGUUGGUGCAGUAGGGCUGCUUGUGCAAUGGGGGUUUUUGUACAGUGCAGCCCCUCGUGCAAUGGGGUUUUUAUGGGGUGUAAUCCCCCAUGCAAUGAAGUUUUCGCGUCAAUAACCCCUCGUGCAAAGGGGUUUUUAUGGGAUGGAACCCUCCGUGCAAUGGGGUUAUUGGUGCAAUAGGGCCCUGCAUGCAAUGGGUCAUAGGUGUGGUGCAGCCCCUCCUGAACAGGGACAUCAGUGUGACACAGCCCUGUGUGCCAAGGAGACACUCGUGUGACACAGCCCCUUGUGCCGUGGGGACAUUGGUGUGACACAGCCCCUCGUGCAAAGGGGACAUUGGUGUGACAGAGCCCCUUGUGCCAAGGGGACACUUGUGUGAUACAGCCCCUUGUGCCAUGGGGACACUCGUGUGACAUCCCCUCGUGCCUGGUGCUUGCUGGUGCAGGGCAUAGUGUGACCCCUGGGGGUGGCACUGCCCGGGCAGGACCCUCCUGGGCUGUGCCAGCUCUGUCACCGGGAGGGUUUGGGGACCCCCUAAUGCCGCGUGUCCCCUGGGCAGGCGUGGAGGGAAGCCCAUGGCCCCCGGACCCCCGGACCGGCCCCACGCCUGGCCCCGGCCCCGCAGCCCCUGACGGUCACGGGACCCCUCCGGGCAGCCCCGGGGAGCCCCAGCAGGUCGCCCCCGCGCCGCCGAGCCAUGCGGGAUCGCCCGGUGCUGUCGCCAGCAGAGCAAUGAGCAGCUGCCGCUACAAUGGGGGGGUGGCACGGCCCCGGGGCCCCCCAAGCGCCGCCCGCACCCCGCAGCCGCCGCACCGGGACCCGCAGCCGCCGCAGCCCUGCCCCAGCCCCCGCCUGCAGGUAGUGGUGUCCCGGCCCGAGCAGCCCGGGACGGCGGAGCCCGGCCCCGCCACGGCACCCUCGGGGCAGGGGGCGGCGGAGGAGCGGCGGAACCAGAACAUCGGCUACAAGCUGGGCCACCGGCGAGCGCUCUUCGAGAAACGCAAGCGGCUCAGCGACUACGCGCUCAUCUUCGGCAUGUUCGGCAUCGUGGUGAUGGUCACCGAGACCGAGCUCUCCUGGGGGGUCUACACCAAGGAAUCGUCGUAUUCGUUCGCCCUGAAAUGCCUUAUCAGCCUGUCGACGCUCAUCCUGCUGGGGCUCAUUGUCAUGUACCACGCCAGGGAGAUCCAGCUGUUCAUGGUUGACAACGGCGCCGACGACUGGCGCAUCGCCAUGACCUCGGAGCGUGUCUUCUUCAUCGCGCUGGAGCUGCUGGUGUGCGCCAUCCACCCCAUCCCCGGGCAGUACCUGUUCACCUGGACGGCCCGGCUGGCCUUCACCUAUGCGGCCUCGGUGGCCCACGCCGACGUGGACAUCAUCCUGUCCAUCCCCAUGUUCCUGCGGCUCUACCUGAUCGGCCGCGUGAUGCUGCUGCACAGCAAGCUCUUCACCGACGCCUCGUCGCGCAGCAUCGGCGCACUCAACAAGAUCAACUUCAACACGCGCUUCGUCAUGAAGACCCUCAUGACCAUCUGCCCCGGCACGGUGCUGCUGGUCUUCAGCAUCUCCUCCUGGAUCAUUGCCGCCUGGACAGUGCGCGUCUGCGAGAGGUACCACGACAAGCAGGAGGUGACCAGCAACUUCCUGGGGGCCAUGUGGCUGAUCUCCAUCACUUUCCUGUCCAUUGGCUACGGGGACAUGGUGCCACACACCUACUGCGGCAAGGGCGUGUGCCUGCUCACCGGCAUCAUGGGCGCCGGCUGCACCGCGCUGGUGGUGGCCGUGGUGGCCCGGAAGCUGGAGCUGACCAAAGCUGAGAAACACGUCCACAACUUCAUGAUGGACACGCAGCUCACCAAGCGGGUGAAGAACGCCGCUGCCAACGUGCUCAGGGAAACGUGGCUCAUCUACAAGCACACCAAGCUGGUGAAGAAGAUCGACCACGCCAAAGUUCGGACCCACCAGCGUAAGUUCCUUCAAGCCAUCCAUCAGCUAAGGAGUGUGAAGAUGGAGCAGCGCAAACUCAACGACCAGGCCAACACCCUGGUGGACCUGGCCAAGACGCAGUCGGUGAUGCUGGAGCUGCUCUCGGAGCUGCAGGAGCGCCACGAGGAGCUGGGCCGGCGCCUGGGGGCCCUGGAGGUGCAGCUGGAGGCGCUGGGGGGGCUCCUGCAGGCGCUGCCCGCGCUGCUCGGCCGCACCCUGCGCCAGCCGGCGGCCCGGACAGCCCCGGGGACAGCCCUGGGGACAGCGGGGACACCGCGGGACACCACCGCGCCCUGCAGCCCCCGCCACGGCAGCGACAGCAGCGACAACCCCGAGCUGUCCCCCCGCGCCGCCUCGGACAGCGGCAUGAGGGACAGCGGAUGAGGGACAGCGGCAGGACACCUGUGUGUCACC